CUUGCUGCUGACUGGAGGCUCGUAUCCUGCGCCGCUGGACGCACACGAGCGGAGAGCAGCCUGCUGCUGGCAGGGCGGCUGGGCCUUACUCAGGCCGAGGCAGAGGAGGUGGCGGAGCCGGAGGGGCCCGUGACAGACGUCGGCAAGCCUGAUGGUAGGGAGCCCUGCGCCAGGUGGAUGGGAGGGGUACCGGGCACCCCGGGGCAUAGUGGACACCCGGGGCGGGACGGCAGAGACGGGCACGACGGUCCGAAAGGCGAGAAAGGAGAUAGAGGUGAACCCGGGGAGAAGGGAGAGCCGGGCGCGAAAGGGGACGACGGCCCCCCAGGGCCUCGGGGUUUCCCGGGCAACCCGGGGCUGAAGGGCGAGCGGGGCGAGAGCGCCCUGGCGUACCACUCGGCCUUCAGCGUGGGCCUGGUCAGCCCCGUGGGCGCCACCGAGGUGCCCAUCCGCUUCAGCAAGAUCUUCCACAACGAGCAGCGGCACUAUGACGACGUCAGCGGCAAGUUCCGUUGUGCCAUCCCCGGCGCCUACUUCUUCACCUACCACCUGACCGUCUACCCCAAGGACGCCCGGGUCGGCCUGUACAGGAACGACAAGGCCCUCAUGUUCACCUUCGACCAGUUCCAGGAGAACAACCUGGACCAGGCCUCCGGCUCCAUCAUCCUACGCCUGGAAGCUGGGGACGAGGUCUGGCUGCAGGUCUUUGGAGAGGACAAGCACGGAGGGAUAUAUGCCGAUAACACCAAUGACUCCACCUUCUCCGGAUUCCUCCUGUACCCCGACAUCCCAGAAAGCCGACGGAGGCGUUAAUCUUAGUGAGGCAUGUCAUCGUUUUCAAAUGGCUUCUUAACAUUCUGUGUGCUUUCUAUCUAAACAGCCCUGAACAUAAUCUUCAAACAGUGUUCUUUGUCUUCUAACAUUGUUUGUGUGUAUGAUAUUUAAGUGGAAGGUGAUUAUGUGCUAUAUUAUAAGUGUAUUAUGUAUAAUUUGUGCUUGAAAUUAAUUAAACUGAAUGGAAAAAAGAGAUAAAUGUUUGACUAAGAGCCGUGGGGGAAGCACACCAGUGCAUUUAGCCUUGUUAAGAUUUGGUCCAACAGGUAUUCAGUAGCUCAUAAAACAACAGUGAUUUUUCAUAGAGGAAUGUUUAGGCUUCAGGCAAAACUUAUCCGCAAGUGCUGAUCUAGUACCAGUUUUGCCAUCUAGCUUAUAAUGGUUAAGGUUAGAAUUACAGUUGUGGAAUGUAGUCCUGGAUCAGAACUUACGGUAACUUCUGCCUCAAGUAGUGCUUAGCUGGCAGCCACUGCCCCAUUCCUACCCCACCCCUCGACACUUGAGUGUCCAGUUCCAUAUAAGCCCUUUAGCUAGAUGCUGGCCACUUUUCAAACUGCCAGUUGUUGCAUUGCAUAUUCAGUUUUUUAUAACUGUAUUUUUGUUUUGAUUACCAUGGUUACAGAGAAGCAUAGCACAUUCUUAUCACACCUGCCUUGUUGUGUAGAUUCUCACAAUGGCAAAUUCUCAAAUCAAGCUUUGUUGUGUUAAUAGCUGUUGCUGUUUCCAUCUGUCCAAUAGCUGCAUCAAAUCACAUAAAUGAAACCUCCAUAUCUCAAUAAAGGUGUUACAGCUGUUA